AGAGAGCACAGGCAAUUUCCUCUGCAAGCAUCACGCAGCACUAUACGGAUCACAUCCCAUGCCGGGAUGAUGGUCCGCGGUCUGCAUAAUGCGCCCUGAAUACAACGCCGCCUCAUUACCAUGCGUGGUCAUGACACGACGGCGUAUUUUUCGCGGUUGCCCUUGAUGCAUCGCAUUGCAGCAUCAUGCCUGCUGAUGAGGAGUGCAUCUCUCGCCAAGAAGGAAGAUGGCUGCACUGAUGACUAGCACUGACGGCAAGGGAGGAGAAAGGGGAGGAGGGCAUUACCGUGGAUAGCGCAGCUACUUAAGACGCCAUUGGGAGAUUGCCGAGAGAUGCUCCUUCUUGAAUGCCAAGGAAGUGGAUUUAUUUUAUGACUUGCAUUUACGGAAGUGUACGUUCACUCGCCUCGGUGGUCCAUGUGUCGUUUCCGCGCGCAUACCGUUCGGAUGUGUAACACAGGUGGUCGUAAGUGUGCUCUUGCCUGCCCCAAAACUAGAGGGAAAUGUUAGCCCGAUCUUCUCCAUCUAAGUUGAAGAUUGCCACUGUAUUGAGUUUCUGAUGUUCGAGCCGUGCGGCGCUGAUGCUGCAUCCAUUGACUAAUUACACUCUUGCGGCACUACCGCCCAGUCAAACGAUUGCGUUUGCUGAUUGCCCAAUGGUUGGAGCUCAUUGCUUCGUUUUGAAUAGUGUUUCUUUACGUGAUUAUUGGCGUCGCCAUUAAUUUUGAACCACUGCUGAGAAUAUCGAGAGGACCUGAUCCAAUGAACAAGGGAGGUUGGAUUUAAGUAUCUUAUAAAUAGCCUUUUUCAAUACUCUUCACCUCACACGCCUUCAUUUUACAAAACUUCGCGUUGCCUCCGUCCACAAUGAGCCUUUGCGUCUGAAACACGCAAUGGUCGUCGGGCCGAGCCUGACAGCAUGGGCAACCUGAGCAGUCAGGAGGACGACAGCUACUACACCGACGACUCUUUGAGUGUGAUGUCCGAACAGUCGGCCAGGAUGCGGCCAACCCGGAGGGGCAAUAACAUUCCGAUUGAGCCCCCGGAGGCCGACCUGAGCCACCUAACAGAGCAGGAAAGGGCGCAUAUCUUGUCUGUCUUGGCCAGGGCUAGAGACUUACAGGCGAGGGAUGAAAGACGUGUCAGGGACCUCGAGGACGAUUUCUCAAACUAUGCCGCCUCCGUCCUCCAACGAGCGUCCAACGCCGCCACUACGGAACCCGAGGCGGGCGCAGGAGCCAAACAGGGUGACCUCUGUCCCAUAUGCCACGUGACCGAGCUGGUACCCGACCCCCAGCCCGGCUCCGCACAGGAGGGGCAGCCGUGCGGGGACUGCGAUCGGGUAGUCUGCCUCCAGUGUGGAUUUUACGCACCAGCGAUAAUGUCCGAUAAAGAGACCUGGUUGUGCAACCUGUGCCAAAGGCGGCGUCGCUUCUUGGCCACCUCGGGCCUGUGGCACGUGGGCCGCCGCAACAAGCGGUUCUCGGGCUCCAAGUUACAGCGGCGCAGUAGUUUGGACGAGACAGAAAGCGCGCUCAAAACAGCCGCCCGGAAAGCACGGAAACUCGAACGCAUGGCGUCCUACUCCCAGUAUGAGGAUAUGAAAGCGCAGAGUGGUCGACAGGACUCGCAAGAGGGCGCCGCAUCACUUUCCCUACCGGAAGCUGUCUUCGCCGCGUCGUCUGCCGAGGUUUCUGUUGGUGCGAGCAAAGAUAUGCAAACAACUGAUGAGCCAGAACAAGUUUCCGGAAGGACUGAUGCUGUUCCCCCAUCAAAACCUCCCCGGUCUUUCUCCAUGGAAGAUGCCAUGUUAGAGCAUGAUCAAAAACCGGAUCCAUAUCUAUCGACUGGAGAGAAGAGCCCUAAGAUAACGCAUCCUACCUUGCCGCCGGACCCGCGAGACAGUGACCUCUCUAACGUCGAAACUGCUCUCUCAGCGAGCAAGGUAAACAUGGUGCAAUCUGUUCCCUCGGCCGAAAGCGACGUGGACAUAGACGAGGAGGAAAUGAUGAGGCAGUUGCUGGAGAUGGCGGAGGGCGCAGGUGAAGAGGGCACGGGCAGUGCACAAGGAGGAUUUCCUGUCGAUGACGGCGACCAAGAUCUCAGUGUGUCAGGAGCUGGUUUCCAGGAUGGCGCACAACCCGAGUCAGCUGCUUCAGAGCAGGCCGACGGAAAGCAGAGUUAUCUCCAGAGACGAUUCCGCAAUCUGGGUGUUUUGUACGAGAGGGAAGAACGGGACGGAUUGGGUGACUCGGGGGAGUCGCGAGAAAUCUCAAGCGGGGCUACGAGUGCUUUAGUCACGCCAUUGCUGACUGAGCACGAGCAAGAACUAAUACGCGAAUCGUGCGGGGACGCGCGGUCAAAAACGCGGGACUUUGUUAGUCACAGAUCCUCCUCGGCGGAUAGAGCGACCGAUGACGAACCGAAGCCGGCAAGCAGACGGAAGAUUUUAAGUACAUCCUUCGAUUCGUAUGAGUCCCACAGUGAUAGCGAACUCAAACCGAGCAGGUCAAGGCUAAGCAGGGAUGUUAAUGAGAUGGGAGCCUUGUCUGGGAGUGACCCCAAGCUGUCGUCAGCUGGAGAUUCCUCAGAGAGAGAAUCACUAACUUCUGGUGCAGACUCCCUGGAGAAGUUGUACGUGCCUCAACUUUCGCCAGAUGAAUUCACCUCGGAUGAGAAAUACAGGUCAGUGGAGGACCUUACCAAGGUCGGUACGGAUGAGUCGGAAACACCUGAUGAUCCGGAAAACGGCUCCACUAGAAUUGCCACCCCGGCAGUCGGUCAGCCCCAGUUCCAAUACGUCAAGCAGAAGCCCAACAGUUUACCGAGGAGGCGGAGGAGCAGACCGGUCAUGGAGCUGCCUCUCUCCCCUAUAUUUGACGAAGAGACAGGGUCGCCCGAUCUACAGCACCCGGCGGGAGACUUCUCUUCCCCGGAAUACGCAGAUCCGUCGUUGGCAGAAGAUUCCCCGUUUGAGUACGAGUAUGAGGACGACGCGGAUGCCUCGCAGGAGGGCUUCUCCUCGCAGGACGAAUUGCCGAGGACCGAAAUUGUUGAGGACCUGGAGGCGAUGGAAGAGGAGGCGGCGGUUCAGCAUGAGUACGGGGAUGACUUUGCGGUAAUGACGAGAGAUGAAGGCCUAGCAACACUAGUAGAGGAGCAAGAAGAAACACCAGAUACUGAGAAUAAAACGGGAGAAUCCGAUAACAUACAGCAAACGACCAGUCCGAGUGAUCUGGUAGAGGACGCUGUCGUGCCAACUGUCCCUGCUCCAAAUGCCAGCAAAACGCAACACACACCAGAAUUGUUAUUAGUUAAAAGCCUUGCUAGUGACAAGGACAGCACAGCUCUCGUAGAAGGGUCUGUGCGGGAUGAUAUGGAAAGUCUAUCCCAAUCAACCGCUAGGGAACAUGAAAAGCGUUUGCCUGGUCACUCCCAAGACGAUGGGAAUUCCUCAUCAAGUCUAACAAGCAGUCAGUCCUCAGAGGAACCGCCCAAAACGGUGCUCUCCAAUAAAGAGGAAAAAGACAGUCACUCACCAAGACCCAAGCCUCCCCCGCUAGGCAUGAUGCCACCGAGGUACAGCAUGGAAGCUUACUCCAGCCUGGAGUCCGAGGAAGGGAACAGUUUGCUCAGCUCGCCUCGAACUCCCAGUUACGACACUGACAGUUUUGACAAACCAAAAGCCACCAGCCCCGGCAAGAAACAGGUGGAUUUGGACUCGCCACUCAGCCCUAGUUUUCGCUUUUCUCCACCAGCGACACCUAAGCAUCUUCUGGAAGCAAGUAAGCAUUUAAGUGACAGUAGCUACACAUACGAUAAUUCGCCAAGCGAAUUUUCGGAUGAAAUCCAAAUGUCUCCGGUAACACUGACGGUGUGCAAGCCGCUGGUGUCGCAGGUUGGAUCUCAUUUUGAUGAUUUUGACGAUGCUGCGAAGGAUCAAGCACCCGUGGAUUCGGAAGCAAUAGGUCCAGAUGUGCCUUUGGAUGCGACAGAACAAAGGGGAGCUCUGCAGAAAGGGGAUUCAGAUGGAGGAAAGACAACUGAAGUAAAGACAGUUGAAGUAAAAGCGGACGACCUAAACAGGCCGACACAAACGGCGGAGGCCGGCAUUGGGACCCAGACGGAGCACAUUCUAAGUGUAAUGAUUCCAAAACCGUCUCCUUCACGUCGAUAUCCCGAUGAUGAUAAAACAAAGACGGUAAAGACGCAGUCUACCUCAUCCCAGACUGCGUCCCCGAUAUCAGAUAUCGAACUCAGCACCGACAGCUCCCCUGUCAAACAAGCUCGGGCCAGAAUCCUCAUUGACGCCGCUGUGGACGCAACCGCCAACAACCCGCUCCUCUUGCCUUUGUCUCCGAUGCACACAGCCCAGGCGAAGACCACCAACGUGGCCGUGGGAACGAGCCCCGAGUACUCCCCUCCCUCGUCAGCUCCUUCCACUGACACCGAGUCGGUCGCCAGCCGAUCAUCUCGUGUGAAAUACACCCACGGUGGAUUUGGCAGCGAUGGCGACACAACGGACUGGGGCGCCAGUAUGCCGUUUUCCUCCAUCGCGUCGUCCAGUGGGACCUCGAGUCCCGAGAGGAGUUCAUCCUUACGAUCAACCCCGCUGAAGUACCUCCCACUGGAGACGAGUAGUGCCUCCAACACGUCCCCGCCUACCACGAGGAGGAGUCGCAUAGACUGGGAAACGUCAACCCAGAGGGGAUCCUCGACCCCAGCAAGAACCCGUGUGAUGCGGGAUAGUGUCAGCUCAGAACGAAGGACCUCCUCAAGCGACAUUGACAGCUGUGACAGCGACGGGGGAACACCGUCUAGCACACCCCGGAAGGUCCGGCGUCGUCUCCCCUCAAUUCCAUCUGACCAAGUGCCCGUCUCUGCCCCUCGCAGCUCGACCUCGCACAAGGUCUUCCUGGAUAAAGACCAGAAUGUCACCGAUCCCAGCAAGCAGUUGGAGUUACAACGAGUCCGGGAGAUGCUGAGCCGGAAGGCUGCUGCGAUAGAGAAACAGCGCAGGGACGAGGAGCUCCGAACUCUCCGUAUCGAAGCGGAGCGGCAGCGGGUAGGCGCUGCCAGCGAGAGGAUCGCCCGACGCCGGCAGCCCAAACAACGGGGUAGAUACUACAGUGACGGCUCCGUAUCCGACUCCGAGGUAGGGCCUAUUAGUAGCGGCAGGGAGAGCAGAGAGAGAGAUAAACUCGAUACCGACUGGGGACUAGGUGUGCCUGCCCUCUCCAUGCAAACCCUGAGCACGCUCGACACUCAGCAAUCGCCGACCCAUGGUGCGCGCUACGGUUUAGAGCCACCAGGAGCGCCCAGGAGCACGCUGUUUCUUUCCAAGUCCGAGGAGGAUAUCAUCAGGGAAAUUGAGAAGCAGAUUUCCGAAACGACAGGGAAAGCGUAUCAGGCGUACGACCGCUCGGAGAUCGAGAGAGAUGUCCGCAGGCGUUACGGUGCUUUACACGACUCCGACCGCAGUAGCAGUCAGUAUUCCACCUCCUCCUCUGGCUCACGGGGCAGUCUAAGCGACAGCUGGAGCUCCGUGACCUUUGAACUUCCAGACUAUCGCUUGAGGGCCGUGCGCCAGAAGCUGAAGGAGGAAUUAAAACUGGUCACUGCCGAUAAGCGGGCGCAACUUGACCGGGAUGCAGUUACAAACGACCCCAUGCAGCGGGCACCGAAAGACAAGGGAGCCUUGAGAAUGGAUGCCUCGCUGGGGUUCUUGCAGGGCGGUCGAGCCAACGGCAAACCGCAGUUGCUCGCGGUGCCCGGCAUGGAUAAGCCGGACAGAAACGGCAAGUCUACGAACGCAGGCAGCCGCUUGUCACCUCAGGCGUCUCCGCAGAGACGGCGGAAUCGCAGGCAAGCCGCCGACUCCGUUCCGCCGAUGUUUUCCCCGAUCAAGGAGGAUGUCGACAUCGAGGGUGAGGUUCUCUCCAAGCAUUACCCGGACGAAUCCGACUCCCGGCUAAUGACGCAGGAACCGUCCAGUGUUGAAGGGCGCAGUUACAGACACAGAAAAGAUUUUACGAAGGAACUAUCAAGGGAGAGGUCCUCACACGAAUCAUCGACAGUUGAAGCCUUGUCGGAGGCUCCAUCGUCAGGCAAUCGUAGAAGGCGCAAAGACACACCCGUAGCUACUCACAUAAAGCCCGAGGAAGUGGACCGUCUCAGCCGUGAAGGUGAGAUGAUCGAGAAGCGCAUCCGAGAGCAGCAGGAGAAGGAGUUUCGACGGGAGAUUGAACGCCGCAAGAAACAGAUGGAAGACUCGGCAAAGCGCCUGGACGAGCUCAAGAUCAGACGGGGCGUCGAGUGGACCGCGGCCGCUGGUGGCCAGGCUGCAGGCGCCACCGGCCCUGGACCGGCGACGAAACCCUUGCAGGGUCCGGUGAAGUUGAGCCAGAGCCUGGACGAGAUCGCUCGACGGCGGGAGCGGGACGGCUCCCCUCUAGGCGUGGAGCGCCGCCACUACGGGUCACUGGAGACGGUGACCCGGGACAAGGGCCGGGGCGCCCGGGAGACGGUGUCUAUGUCUACGCCCCACCUAACCGAGAGGGAGAGGGCGGUCAUCAAGAGGGAUCAACAGGGGUUGAUUUUACCGCUGGACGAAGAAACUAGGCUACAGAAGGGUGCAUCGGAGCACGGGAGACGGCAAACAAGGGCAGGGAGGGGAGAUAGGCUAGAGCGAUCCUCGUCACGUGAAAAGCGCCCACAUCGGCAAGACAGUAUGGAGAGUGUAGGCUCCAACAGAGCGUUCUCCGAAGAUGAUGAGGCAGGCUACUCGGACAGCAGCAAGGGCAGCACCAGAAGACGUCGUAGUUCAGAAGAGCGACGAUCCGCCGAGGAAUCGACCCGUCAUCACCGUGACCACCGCCAUCACCAGCGUGAUCGUGACCACGGACGCACAUCGCCCGCUACGCAGCGGGACCGUGAUUACGGUCGUACGUCCCCUGCCUCUCAUGGUCGCAUCUCGCCUGCAACACACCACCGGGACAGUGAGUACCAUGACUACCCGCAACGUCGGCCACACCAUCGGUCAAGGGAGGAUGUGAUUUCGUCCGAAGAGCGUGAUCGGGAGCGUGGCGCGUAUUCCGACCGUGGACGCGACCACCAUCACCGUCAGCACAGCCGUUCACGGGAAGACAUCUUAUCGUCUUCCGGGCGUGAGCGCGCACGUACCAUCAGCCCAAGUUUAAUCCGUGACCGUGAUACUCACAGGGAGCGAGAAACGCAUCGAGAUCAUAGACGCCGUCAGCAUCACCACUCAGGCGAAGAUCUUUCAACGAUCUCCAAGACUAGUGAGCGAUCAACAGCAGGGCCCCGAUCGAGAAGUCUUCCCAGGGUUUUGCAGUCUGAGAGGCGACAAGCUUCCCCAGAAGAUUAUUAUUACGGGGACCAGGUUUACCGGAUGCAGGCCAGUGAGUGGACCCGUCGUGCUGAUGACAGUGGCGAUGACGAAGACGAACGACGACGACAGGUCAUCUACCAAAGCGUGCCCGGGGGAGCUCGUCAUAUGCAGCAACGCCACAUAUCUCGUGCCGACUACCAGUUCCCCACUAGGCGAUUCCGUCUGCCGCGGGAUCCCCACGACAAGAAGUGCAGGAACCACGGCAUCGGCAUGCGGAUUAUCGGUGGGAAACGGAUACCAGGGACAGAUCAGCUAGUGGCCUACGUGGCAGAGAUACGACGUGGCGGAGUCGCUGAUAGAGAAGGUUUACGAGAAGGUGACCAGGUACUGGAAUGGUGUGGUAUGCCGCUAACCGGCCGAACCUACGAAGAGGUCCAGCGUAUCACUCGGACAGCGGACGGUGACGUGGAAAUCGUUGUCAAGUGCGGCACGAACUUGCUGGAGUCGCCACGACAACGGAGCAGGCCACCGGACAAUAGUGCGCCGAGGUCACGGUCGACCAGCAACCCACCUCAGUUUAAUGAAGACGAGUCACUGGAAGAAGAGGCUCUCCGCAAUGGCGUGGAUCCCCGGAUGUUGUCUGAACGUCUAGAAGGAAUCUCCAAGGCCCAGUACGUGUAUAGUUCUCCCACCACCUCGGCAAAUACCGAUAACUCCUCGCCCAAGAGGAAAGGCCGAGAUAGGAAUAAGAAAAUAAGUGGUGAAAUACAGAUUCAGUUGGACUAUGACGAGCGAACAGGUGACCUGAGCGUGGGUAUACUGCGGGGCCGUGGACUGGCCCCCAAGGAUAUUAACGGUCUGGCCGACCCGUUUGUCAAGACGUGCCUUCUACCCGGAAGAGGCAGACCGGAAAACAAGAGGAAAACGAGGUACGUUCCAAAGACACUGACUCCGGAGUGGAAUCAGACGGUGCUUUAUCGGGCCAUCAAACCUCAGGAGCUCGCUACCAGGAUUCUGGAGAUCAGCGUUUGGGACUUUGACAGAUUCACUUUCAAUGAUUUUAUGGGGCAGAUUCUUAUAGACUUAUCGGACCAACACAUCCUAGACAACCGCCCUAGAUGGUUCUCCCUUCAAGACCAGCCAGCAAGCACCGGCCAGCAAGAGGCCUUUUCCCCGCGUGCCCUCUCACCGAUCACCACCCUUCCCUCGGCGCAUCCUGGCCACCCAAUGAGCCAUUUAAUGGGCCGGGGACGGGGAGGGUCAACUACUGGGUCCGGGGACCACGGGUCUCCGGAGAGACGCCGCGCGCUGUCCCGCUCCAUGGAGCGAGUGCAGGGGUCCAGUGUCACCCAGCAGUUGAUGGAGUCGGACUCACAAAGUUCCCGCUCCUCGGGCUAUGAGUACGACACUGAUCGGUCCACUCAGAGCGACAAGUCUGGUUGGAGCCAGGACCAUCAUCGCGAUAAACCAUCCAAACCCCCUCCCUCCUCUUCGACGCAACACAGACAACCCUACAACGGACAAAACCACGGCAAGGGAUACCAGACCAAUGGAACAGUGAAGACAGACCACGGUGGAAAAGUUAUCGACCAUAAUGCGAAUCACACAGCUAAAGAUGGGAGUCCCCUAAAACGCCAGCCGCCCAAAUCCUCCCCAACCACAAGUGCCAGCAGCAAACCGUCAAGCAUCAGUACAUCUGUUAAAGUCACCGUGACUACCAAACACCCCUCCGGCAGCAAACAAGGCCAAGGCAGCAAGGAGACAAAGACCAGCACGCAGGAGAACAAGACAGCAGCGGAGACGAAGAAGCAACCAGAACCGAAGAAACCAGUGAAGCAGCAGCCCCAAAAGACCCUGUCCCCGGACAGGACCACGGAAAAAGCCCGGCUGUCACCCAGUAAUGUCCGGGCUUCCAAGCCCAGGAACGAGCCCAGUAUUUUCCAUUACACUAGCACAAACCCAAGCUCUAAGCGAGCAGAUCCGGGAAAAAAGAAAGCAUUUGAUAAGGGAGCAAGUACGUCCAAGUCAGCACAGAACCUGAGCAUCUACCACGAUAAACCUUCGACAUCUUCUGUGAUUAGACGCUCGUCGGCUGAGCUCUAUGAACCACAAAACAUCACUCUGGAGAGGAGAAGAGAAACCUGGAGCGAAACCCAGAAAAGUGCAGCCGUCACUCAAACGAGGCAACCAAUCGAGGUUGAAGUGAUAGACACAGGAAAGGACGACGGGGCUCGAGAGCCCGAGCGCAGUCAACCGAAGGAGCAGACCGGAGACAGCGCGCUGCUCAACGGUGGCCACAACACUGAAAGGGUUGGUGGCGUGCCGAAACUGUGGGUGCGGAAACCGCAGUUGGAACCGGGCGCGGGCACUAGUCUGGAGAGUAACUCUUUGAUGCAGGUCAACCUGAAGGCAGCCAUGUACACAAGAAUGUUUGCUGGAGAUCUGGGGCCAGGGCAGAUCAUCGAUCCCGAGACGCCAAGGCAAUCUGAUUUACUCCUCAAGAAAGGAGACUAUGAAACCACUGGCGAGAUACAGCUUGGACUCAAGAAAGAAAGCAAAGCUGAUGGGGACCAGUUGUACGUUGAAGUCAUCCAGUGCCGGAAGAUCAGCUACAAGUUUAAAACGGAGCAUCCUCCUGAUUUGUACGUGAAGGGCUACUUGGUGGUGGGUGACCGCAAAGUCUCAAAAAAGAAAACCCACAUCUGCAAAUUUGCCAAGGAGCCGAGGUUCAACGAGGUUUUUAUGUACAAUACAAGCGUAACAGGCCUUGCGUUACAAAUAUCACUCUGGGCGGACGGAGGUCGGUUCGGCAGAAACACGCUACUGGGAGAAACCAUGAUAUGGCUGGACAAUGUCACCUUUAUCGCGAACAAUGAGACUGAGGCUUGGUACAAACUCUUGCUGGCCUCCAGUAAAUCUCCCUCUAGUCCUUAACAACGGUGGUAGGGGCAAGGAUCUUGUCACAUGCGACUGUUGCUGUUGUGUUUAUGAAUAAUGUUAUGGAUAGAUUCAACAUCAUGUUCAUAAAGUAUGUUUGCACGGCGUGAUUUUUCUCGAGGUACUGAAACUAUGUUGGUAUCGUUUGCGUUGAGAACGAGGUACUUCUCAUCACGGCCAUCUUGAUCGUGUUCCCUGGCCUAUAUCUGAACAAUGAAUUUGUAGGUAGUGGUGCACCAGUCUUAGGGUGUAAAACCACAGCAUUCUGCUCGGUAAACAGCAGAUUUUUUAGUCUAUAAACCGUGCCAUCGCUUUUGGGCACAAAAGUAUUUGCGUCCUUCAACGUUGUUUAAAGUCGGACAUAAAAUAAAGUCACAAGCGCUUCUGCUUCAGUACUGCAGCGAUCUCCACGACGAGAUAUAGGGUCUACAGUCUGCAGGCGCAUGGUAGCUAGACGAUGCUAAUGAUUAGCCCAUCCCCCUGCAGAAUAACUGAUCGGCUCCAUGUUUUUUUUGCAAAGCCAGACUGCGUAAACAUUUGAAUAAACAAAACUACCAUUACGCGCGCUUUAAUUCCACUCCGAAUGCUACAAAAACUACCGUCUGUUUCCUCUGGUAAUGAUAAUGACUGCGGCAGUGUUUACGAGGACAGCGAUGGUGAUGACGGACACGCAUGGCCGACGAACUCAUCAAAAUACCUUCCCCACUUGUAGAGACGAGUAAUUACAGUAAUGACCGAGUCACUUCAUCCGCUGCGGCGUGCGUCGGAGCUGGCAGAACAUCGACAAAGAAUGUUCAUCUCGCAAAUGGAUGUCAACGAUGUUUGUAGAAAGCCGUACGAGAGGGCAUGUGGUCGAGGCGUGGAGAACGUCUGACAAUCAAAGGGUGAUCUGUAAGCUUCCUUCGUUUUCCCUAUACACCUCGGAGGAGUCGGUGUAAUAAAUCUAAAUCCCUGCUAGGAAUUUGUGCAGCUGUCUGCGCCCCCACAAUAAAGAGUUCCUGUCCGGCUCGGCAAAAUUUGGUUUUUAAAGGGGCUUUGUCUGCACUCUUGAGCUGUUAAUUUUUUUCACUGCUUAAAUUAUUUGAUCAUUAUUCAAACUUAAUACACAUGUAACUUACAAAAUAUUCAUUCCAUUAUAAAUUUUAUCAAAACUCCCUGUGUGCAUGACAGGCUUCCUUGAUCACCUUUAAGCAGAACAACUUGUCCUUAUACUUAAGGACGUUUUUAAAAAAAAUUAAUAACAUUGCUGAAAACUAGUUUACUGUCACCUAAAUGAAAAUUAUUAGGUAAUUUCAUAUCGAGGAAUAUCAGAUUGAAUUCUUCAAGGUCAAAAAUAAAGGGGCAAUUUUAACUGCUUGGAAAAAGGAAACUUGCCAAGCGUAUAUUUUCGAAAGCUCGAUUUCGGAACGAUCAGAAGCUGCAGUUUUCAACUCCCGAUUCGACUUUUCUGAAUACACUUCCGAAAAAAAGGAACAGGUGCUUCAUCUAUGGCAUGGUAACAGACACGAUCGAAAGACGGACCAAGUAGAUUGGAUUUUUAUCUCCCAGAUUCUUAACUUAUAUCAGCUGCUGGACCAUAUCACUAUAGUUACUUCGUCCUAAAUGUAAAUUAACGUUGUUUUUUCAUAGAUUUUAAGAUCGCGGCAAGAGCCGUUCAGAAAUAUGAAUACGGAGGCGGAUUAAGCCUACUGGUGAGAGGUUGUCAAGCGCAAUGUCUGAAGGGAUGAUUUCAGACGCUGUCGCAAAUAUCUCGCCGUAGUGCCAGGACAGCGGUGUAAUUACUUUAACUGGGUGAAUUUUUAACGAGCCAACUUUUGCCUCAUGCGUCGUUGAAAACUAAAUUUACCUUGACCCUUUCAAAAUGAAUGCGUCCUUGGUGGCCGAAAGAUGGUUUGCAGGGUUGCUACUGGUAACAAACGCUCCGUAUCCCCAUCAUAUAUUGGCACUACAGGAAGCCCCAACGGCCACCAAUACUGCGCGACCAGAAAUUACCUUUUAAUACUGGAACACUAAAGAAAUUCUUGUACUAAAGUCUGCUUGAAAUGGAUCGGUGGCAAUUAGCACAAGAGCGGCCAUGAUUAAUCACUUUUGUCUUCGGAUCUCGUUAGCCAUAGCACUGUGCCACACCAGGGGAUGUACCGGUUCGUAAAUACACAGAAGAAAUUCUACCGCAUUUUCCUCACAAGAGGUCCUUUAAAAAAUGGUUGGCACCCAAAUUUCACUCUCAAAUGAAACUAAUCGCGACAAUUCUUUUUACAAAACCUGUUAUAGGCCUAAUUCAUAUUAUUUCGUUAAAGUAUUUCCGACAAUUUGUACAAAAACACUAAAAGUGAAAUUCUACACCCAAUAACUGAUACAAUAUCUCUAUAUGCACUUGUAUAUCAAACAAUAUCUAUCUGUACAUUUCCUUUGUCGUAUAGUACGUGUAAAAUUUUUGAGAUAAUACAAUUUUUGCUUUCCCAAACAUGUACAGGGUGUUGCAUAUCAGUCAUGUAAAGAAAAAAUCCAAUUUAAUGUUGUGACCUUUUCUUUAAUAUCAUGGGUGAAUUAUGUUGUGAAAACACUGUUAACUGCACAUCGCCGUAGGUAUACUCUGAUGUAUUGUUGCUUAUCGAUUAACAGGAAUUUUUAAAAGAGGUUUUGGUCUUGUGUAGUAGAAAUAGUUACAGCUGUCCUUUUGCUGGGCAAAUCAUUAAGUUUUACAAGACAAAAAUCAGCUCUGCAAAACUGCGCAUUUUGCCUUUAACAAAGAGAGCAGUGCUUUGCUUUCCUUUGAGUGUUAUCUCUUAGUUUAUUUGUUAAUGAAAAACGAUUGCCAUGGUAACAAGGGUCCAGAUUUUUCAGUUCCCUUGAGGAUGUAGAUUUCUAUACUAUUAUGUCAUGUUUGUCGUGUUUUCUACUUUUGUAUUUCACUCUGCAAGUUUCAAGAAAUAAGGGUGAGCGCAUUUUGAAAAGGGGAUAUACUUUCUUAAAUUGAGGUAAAAACAUUAAGCGAAAAAAGUACCUGAUCCCAAAUUCCAAAACCGUGUGCUCCAGUAGAAUAAAACCCAAUGAAAAUAACAUUUUCGAUCUUUAGCUAUGCCCCGUGGUCUAAUUUGGGUCCUCUUGCGGCCGCCAGAGGCGCCUGUACAUGUCCUCAGCUCUACAACGUUGCGGCUGCGGGCCCUUUUCGAUUCGGCCCUGCAGCAGUACGGAUGGUAAACCCGCCAAUAAAAUAAAAACAGUAAACAUUCAAACAAUUAAAAAAGUGGAAUAUUCACGAAAAAAUUCCGACGUUGGUUUGCUCAUGAGACGGUUGGUUGAUGAGGUCUAAAUUGAACAAAUGACGUCAAGCAAACGCAUCUUCACCAGCUGUUAUAGCAUUCAGUAAUGUAUUCGUAUCGAUCCUGAUGAUUUUGAACUUAUACCAGUUUAGUCGCUUCAUGCAUUUCGUAUCAAAUUGGAGCAUUGCCAAGCUGGAAUUUUCGACUGUAAAUGUCUCAACAGGCGUAUGUAAUGCACCGUUUAAACGUGCUCAUGUAAAGCAACGUUUUCACGGAUAGCCGUUUCAGGUGUUUCAAAUUUAACGUGUUGAAAAAAAUGGCUCACCUAAGUGGCUUUGUGAAAAAUCUUAACUGAAGUCCUUUGCUUGCACGGUCAAACCUCCGGCAUAGGCUGUUUCAAUAUGCACGUUGGCCUUUAAAAUUCAUCCAAGAGCUAAUAAAAAUGAAUAAUGAAGUACAAUGUGUAUUUUGUCGACAUGUUCGACCUACGAAUAUCUUGAUCAGUACGAAAUUGUCUCUCAUACGUGUCGCCCCUCUCCUCUUGAGUCCUUGUCACGCACGCAUGUGUGAAGUCGCACAACAGCACGACAUCAGGGCAGUAUCUCGGCCGUGAAACGGCACACUUUCCUGUCGGAGUGAUGAGAUUUUCUAUAUAGUGAGAAAAGGACAUUGUAGCGUUAGAAAUAGGGUGUCCUUCCCGGGUGUGACAUAUUUUAGAUGGUUAGACAAGUUGCAUUGACUGUAUUGGGCAUGUCCCUACAUGAGGCCUGUUGCCAAACUUUCGCAAGACAUAUGGCUGGCCUUUGCAAGCGAGCAAAUUAUGAAACAACUGGUGAAAUACGUUCUCUUUUAAUUUGCCAACCGACUAUUCAAAUGCCCAGGUUUUAUAAAGAGUAUCUCGUUUUUUUCCAAUUUAGACUAAUGCCUGGAAUCCAGAUUUUGACACAAACAUAAUGCGUGAGGGCUUGUGCAAAAUGAAAAUAUAGCGAUGGUCCUGACUGUCUCGUCACCUGUUUUAUAACACAUGCGUGGACUAUCAGCCGGUGUAAUUUAGGAAGGUUUAAGUCGAACCAAGAUACAGGGCCUGUUUAAGUUGUUUCGCACGGAUUUGGAUCUCUAUCAGUGAUCCUGAAGCUGGUUCACCUCACCCAUUAAGCGAGUUUUGGUGUCCGUAAACCAAGGAUGGAUCACUGAUCGUAAUCCAAAUCCGUGUGAAAGAAACACGGCCACAGCUUAACUGUCAAUAAUUCCAUAUUAUAGAUACAUCCUUAUUUUAAAUCAUUUCAUAACCAUCUGAAGAAUAUAGGCCCCGUCCUGAACCUAAACACAUUUGUAUGAUGGCACUUUAUCUAAUUUGUUUAGUUUCGGGGACGCUGAUUCGGGCAAAUCUAUGCAUGUUUGACAAUUUAACUGAACCAGUAUCUCUGCUUUUAAUUUUCAAGGUGGUGCUUCUACAGGUGCAAACAUUUUCUUAUCUCUAACUUAAAAUGAGAACUGCUUUGUACAAAGUGUCAAGUCAUGUAAUAUACCUUUCCAUUGCCGAGAAUCGGUUUGGGUGAAUAGUAGUUUGCCCUGUACUUAGGUCAUGAUAGCGAUGCGUUUCCACCAUUAAAGGAGUGUUCUUACUGUGUAGAUAAAGUAUGCAUAACUUUUAAAUACGUUCUCUGUACACAUGUACAUGUAUGAUCAUCAUCCAGUAGCCGAAUUAGCAAUAUAGUCACGAUUACUGAAUACUUAAAUGAUUAAACUGUACAAGAGUCCACUUCAGAAGAAAAUGUUUUUAUCACUGAACGUGCAAUAAACAUCUUGUGCCAUUGUGUUACUGUUUAUCAAUCCUGUCCUUUUAUUUUUUUUUCCUUUGAUUUUGAAUGCUUUGGAAAUAAAAUUAUCCUGUCUGUGA